UUUCAGUUUCACGAGAGACUUCCAACAGAAUACAUCGAAUUUCGGCGAGAGAUUCGCAACUCAGGAAGAAGAAGAAGGAAAACCUCUGCACCUCUGCGAGUUACCUCCACGCAAAAGUGCACCAAAAAGCGUUGUUAAAAAACAAAACAAAGUGAUUUUAAAAGCCAGGGUUCAUUGCACGCCCGAGCCAUUCGAGAGACAAAGUGAAACGACCUCGCACAACGCGCGCAAAGAGAGAGAAAGAAAGAAAAACACACACCCACAUUACAAACACAAUUCACAUCCCGUUGAUUGGCACUGCAGUUCGCAAAAAUAGUACCGAAACACUGCGCAGCACAACAUGGAUGUUUGGGGAUUCUGCGUCAGCGACACCACAAUGGCAUAUGGCGGGUCCAUGCGCAGCGGCUACUACCGCGACUACGAGGAGUUCCCCUAUGGCACCCUGGAGUCCACCACCUCCUCGCACGCGGUCAAGGACUGCUACAGUCGAGUGCAAGAAAAGUGCAAGCAGAUAAAGUCCGAGAAGCAGAUGCGCAAGGACUGCCCGUUCUGCAAGGAGCACAAGAAGCGGCCGCUCAUCAACUACAUGCGCAAGCGGGAGCAGCGGAAGCACCAUGACAGCAUCUGCGAGGACGAGGAGGACAUGCACGAGCACGAGCAUGAGCUGGAGCACACCCACAACCACAGCCAGACGACAGUCCUUGCCGCCCCGCAAAGCUGCAAGGUGUGAGUGGGAGCGGGACGACUCUACUGCGGACGCUGCCCGCAGCAUUCGCGAAAUGCCAUAUAUGUAUACAGAUGUGUAAUCUAACCAGAAGAAAGGAAACCUGAAAGAGUAAGAACAAAAACAAAAACAAAGAAAACCCGAGGAGAAAAGAGAAAAAGCUGUUAAAGACGAAGAUUGCGCGAGAGAGCGAGACAGCAGCCUGCAGCUACAAUAAUCCAAGGCAACUGUACCCCUAUUUUUGAAAUGGUUGCCCAGCAUUUCCGCGUCGCGAAUACACUACCAUUUACAAAAGCCAGAACCACUUGAUACCAAUUUACAACUAACCUUUUCCAUUAUCAACCACUUCGUUUUUACACCAACUUCGCAGUUAUGUACAACUACAAACGGCACUUUGUUUACCGACAAACAAUAGCGCACGACGAAAAAAUCAAGUAACGAAAACCUGCCCCGCUUGACCAACGCAUUUUUUGACCUUAGGCAAACGAGAACAUCGUAAAAAGC